AUGCCUCGUCGCAUAUUCAAAAAUCUCGUCAUCGCCACGGCAGGCCCUCUGCCUGGCCAACUCACCGUCGACAACCUCCGCCAAUGGACAUCCAUCCGCAAAGGCAUCUUCACAGAGGAAUUCGACGAGCAAGUCACGCAUCUUCUAUGUACUCGCGAGCAAUUCGACCGCAAACUCCCAAGAAUCAAAGAGGCUCUCGCCCACGGGAAGCGACAACACAUAGUCCACUGCGACUGGUUCGAAAUCUCCGCCGUCAAUGAGAAGAGGGAGCCAGAAAGGGAAUAUUCCAUGAGAAACAUCAUCGCUAAGCAAAAUGCAGAGAAACGGGAACGAGCUCGAAUUGAAAAGGGGAAGAGAGAGGGCGAGAGAGCCGUGAACACGAAUUUUUUCCACAUUUACAGUGAUCGAACAUUCUUCUCGUACCAGAUCGAUAUUACCCGCGACGACGUUGAAACAGGAGAGUUGGGACAGCGCUACACCCUCUGCCUCUGGGAAUCCAACGCAAAGCCCCAUCUCUACUGGUUCACCGCAAAGUUCAUGAAGAAGAAGGGAGACAGCCAGCCCAGCUUCCACCGGCCAAGCCCCUGCUCCGGCCCCUGGCGUCAAGAAAUGGAUCUCUUUAUGGAUUUUUUCCGUAUCAAGACGGGGAUCGAAUGGCAGGAUCGUGUGAUCGGGCAGAAUACUAUGUCGAAUUCGUUCUUUCAGUACGCACCGCCCACUGGAGGAAAGCCCGUUGGUCGCCGCCUUCGAUUCUGCUACGAGUAUUGUCUGGAGAUCAACGCCCAGUUGAGAGGAUUGCCUUGGCCCCCGGUAGAAGAUACUCAGGCGAAAGAAGACACCGUUGUAACUGACCCUCAAGACAUCACCAUCGAUGUGGAGGAUCACGAAACCACAACCCUCAAUGAAAAGGCUGUCGAAGAUUCUGGAACGUGUUCAGAAGUUAGUGUCGAUGUCGAUGAUACAGGAGAGGAUAUCUCAGAGGAUGAAGGCGAAGCAGAUGAACAGGAAACGCUACUGGAGUCCGAUGAUGCUGCAGCAAUGGAUCCGGAUGUAUCAAUGACAUAUUCUGAGUGA